GUAUUUUUCCGCGUUUAAUGAAUGUGAAGGUCAUAUGGAUGAUUUGGAUCUACCAAAAGAUGCAAAAUACAAAAGCUUUGUUGCACAAGUUGACAAGUCCCUCAAAAGUUUUGAAUACUCUACGGAAUGGGCUGACCUUAUAUCUGCUCUAGGACGGCUGAUUAAAGUCAUUCAGUCAAAUACAAAAUGUGGUUACGUUCCUCGAAGUUUUGUUAUUGGUAAACGUCUCGCCCAAUGUCUUCAUCCUGCUCUACCGGCUGGUGUUCAUUGCAAAGCGUUAGAAUGUUACGACGUAAUUUUCCGCACUAUUGGACCUGAACGUGUCGCCUAUGAUUUGUAUGUUUAUGGUCCAGGCUUGUUUGCGCUACUCGAGCCAUCUGCUAUGACGGUUAAGUCACCGCUGUUUGAUAUUUAUGAAGAACACUUGCUUCCUCUUGGGAAAUUGCUUCAUCCAUCAUUUUUAGGACUAUUAAAGGGCUUACUACCGGGUUUGGAACCAGGCGCGGAAUUCUCUGAACGUGGAAAUCGAAUGUUAGAAAUGUUCAGUUCCUCUGUGGGAUCUGCAUUCUUUUAUACGUGUUUGUGGGAGCUUCUAAUUCGAUGUCCAUCUAUACGACAAUAUGGAAUUUCAUUUAUACUCAAUCAUUUAAACAAACGUAAAUCAUUAGAUAGUCAAAGUUAUAUUUAUGGUUUAGAUAAAAAUAUUCUUGUAGAGAGUUUAUGUUGUCUAUUCGGUGACAGUGUUCUACUAGUACAACGUGAUGCCCUUGAUUUUAUUCUGUUAGCAUUACCAAUACAUUUUUAUUCGAAAACAACAGAGCGUAAUCCAUUUCAGUUUAUCACCAACAAAUCGUUAACAGUGAAAGAUUUCGCUAUGUUAUGUACAGCUUCGUUGUCUAUUUUACUACGUCGUGAUGCAUCUUUGAAUCGUCGUUUAUUUAUUUGGCUUAAAGGUAGCCAGUCAGUUGAGGGAAUGGUUGUGGAUAGUUUAGAUAACCAAUCAAUGACAUGGGCAGACAUAGUCAUGGAUAAAAUGGAUGAUAAACAUGUAUUGGCAUUAAAUGAUAAAAAUGAAAAUAAUAGUCAACGUUAUUUUAAAUUAUACUCACAAAUAAUUCUUACAGAAGCUGUACGUCGUUUAAUCUAUAAUCCUACUUGUUUACCUAUACCAUGUCAAUUCAAUGAAAAUCAUUUGAAUUUCUCUGCGAAAUUCACAUUUGGAUCAGAUUUAUCUGCAUUAGUUAUAGAACGUAGCAUUUCCGAGCGUCCAUUUCGUGUUUUAGUCGGUCUAACUGAUCAUCCAGAUAUAGCGCAUGGACUUUUAGAUAAUUUAUUAUUAGAUAUAAUGUGGUAUACUUAUGAAGGUUAUUUAAAAUUACGUUGGCAAACUACAUGUUGUUUGAUGAAUUCAAACCAAAUCAAUAAAUCAUCACAUCGUGAUUCAACAUUAACUAUAUCAGAUUUAGUAAAUCGACCAAGUUUAUGUGAUAAACAAUUACCAAGUAAUAUGACAAAUCUAAUUAAAGAUUAUAUUUUAAUUCGUGAUAGUGCAAAACCAUCGAGUUUACGAAUAGAUAAUCAAGGUAGAAAUUUAGAAUAUAAUGGAACAACUUUAGUCGAUAGAGAAGAUUCAUUACCUUCAAAUGAUUCAAAUAUCAAUAAGAUUUCAAUACAACAUUCUAAUAAUCAUACAACUAUUACUACUACUAAUACUAAUACUACUAAUAAUAAUGUUGUUGAUGAAUUCUUACGUACAUCACAUUUAUUUUUCAGUAAUAUAAGUAGUGAAUUUUUAUGGAAAUUUAUUGAAAAUCAAUUUACCGAGUUAUUGAAUUUAUCAUCAACUAUAACAGUCAAUACAAUCGGAUCAAUGAAUAUACAUCCUAAUAAGAUUAUGUCAUCAUCAUUAUCAUCAUCCAUUGAAUAUGAUAAUUGGCAACAAUCAUCAUUGAAAUUAUCAUUAAUUCAAUGGUGUUCUAUAAUAAAUUUCUUUUUGAAUUGUUUACCAAUUGAUAUAUAUCCUAAUGUUCGUAGUCUAUAUCUUCCACAUUUAAUUAUUCAUUUAACUAAUUGUUUAGUUGAAAAACUUCGAGUUAAUUGUAACCUACAUUAUCAUGAUCAAUCUUUAUUAUCACAGGAAGGUAGUUUCUCAGAGUAUAAAUUAACAUCUUUAGAAUGGGCUAGUAUAAUCAAUUGUUUAGAUACCAUUGUACAUCAUAUACGUGAGUAUGCAGUGACAAUAUUUGAUCAGUUAUCGAGUCCAGUCAAUUUAAAACGUCAAGAGGAAUUAUUAUUAUCAAAUAACAGUAAUAAUAAUAAUAAUAAUAAUAAUAAUAAUAAUAAUAAUAAUAAUAAUAAUAAUAAUAAUAAUAGUAAUUGUGGUCAAUGUAAUGAAAUCAACAGUAAUGAUGGUAUUGCUGAUAGUCAGGAUAAUCAAAUUUCUGAAGAAUUAAUGAUGAUUGCUAAAGCAGUUGGUCAAUUUCGACGAUUUCUUGGCAUAUUCUGUAUUCAUGUCUUAAAUUUUUCACCAGUUAAAAUGAAUGAAUUUCUUCGAAAAAUUUGUGCGGAACAAUGUGAACAUGAUUCUAGUAUCAUUUCAAAUGAAGGAGAAAUAAACAAAGUGAAUGGUAAUAACAAUGAAGAUAUAAUUGACAAAGAAGGUGCUAAAGAAAAAUCUCAUGAAAAAUCUGUAUUGAAACAUAAUCAUCAAGUGUUAUUACCAUCGUCUUCAGUCAGUUGUAUAGAUCUUUUUGCACAAAUUUGCCGUCUUAUUGUGGAGAUGUCCAGUUUUCCAUUAUCUAUUAUGCAUCAAUUUAAAAAUUCAUCAAUGUCACCUAGAAUAAUUCCUACCAGUAAUUCUGAUCUUAGUAUUUUAGAUUUAUUCGGUGGUGAACUUAUACGUCAUGCUGAUACAGGCUCUUUAAAAAAGAACUUUACCACUGGUUCGCAGCAGCCUGUACUAAACAAUUAUCAUUGUUAUUUUCACUACAGUUUGGGUCGUUUCAUUCUACCACAAUGGCUUGUUUGUUUAUUGUAUGCAUCAUGUGAUCUAGAUAAUUUCAAUAUUAAGUCAAUUGCUUUGUAUACACUGAUUGAAUUAUUUCAUGCAGCUGUUUCUAUUCACGGUUGGAGUACAGAAUUGAAGUAUUAUUCUAAUGACAUCAAUACUACUACUACUACUACUACUACUACUACUACUACUAAUAAUAAUAAUAAUAAUAAUAAUAAUAAUAAUAAUAAUAAUAAUAAUAGUGCUGGACAGAUCCAUCCAGGAAACAAUAAUGAGAAUGGUGAUAAAGUACUUCCCAUAGAUGAUAAACAUGAAGGAAAUCGUGGAAUGCGUUUAGUAUUUCCUGUGCUAAGUGGAGAAUUGAUGUCAUAUCUUUCUCAAAAGACAAAUUUAUUCACGUACUUGGGUGUUUCAUUAUGGCGUUAUCUAUCACCAGAAUAUUCUACUUAUCAUGAUGAUGCAACAAGUUUACUUGUUCGUCUACAUCAAUUAGCUCCUCCAUUGCCAAAAUCUCUUGCUUGUCAAUUAACUCCCAGAAUAUCAGGAAUCACAUCUACUAUCAGUUCUUGUAUUGAAGGCUUCAUUCUUUCUCAAAUGCUUUCAUCUGAUUUAGAUAUUAAAAUAGAUGCACAUUCACGUUUUAUUUUACUGUGGCAUUUAUUGAGAUACUAUGGAUCACGUGUUCAAUCAAAUAUUCAUCCAUUGACAAACACUUCAACUAGUAAUUCAGUUCAUCAGUUUCCGGUUACUAAACGAUCAUUACAUUCUUCAGUUCAUGAUUCUUUUAGACUAAGUGGUGUAUCCAAUUUCAUAGCGGCUGUAUCAUGGAGGCGUGCAUUUCUUGGUUUGACUGGAGACAAUAAAGUUGGCAACAGUGAUUUAUCAUCUCCUGGUUUAGGUUUAUAUGAUAUUCCUUUCUAUAGAUGUACAUUACUCCUAUUGGAUAAUUUAGAUUAUGAUAAUCCAUUGGGUCCAAUAAGGUCAAUUGGUUUAACAAAUCUAUCACAAUUGAAUGUAAAUGUCAAUCAAAGACAAAUAAAUAAAAAUGAUCAUCAAAUUGAUCAUUCAAUUAAUUAUGGAAAUUCUAUACUAAGAGAACAAUCUAUUUUAUGGAUAGAGAAAGCUUUAAGAACUGGUCAAAUAGAUCGUUUGAUUAUACCAAUUUUAGCUAUAUUAUUACAUCCUGGAACAGCUAGAAUUAGUUUAAAAUCUCAUGUAUUAAAACAUUAUUGUCAACAGAUUAAAAUGUCAAAAUCUAAGAAAUUAUUGAAUGGUUCUUUUAAAUCAGUUGAUACAACAGACAUUGACUGUAAACCGCCUUCAUAUGAAGAAGUUGUUAAUAAAAUGAAUACAACUAGUAUUAAUUCUGAAUUUCCACAUAUUAACACUGUUCACACAGAAACACCAUUUAAUCUAAUGAAUUCAAUCCGUGAAAAGUUUCAACGAUUUCAUUCUACGACAGAAUUACUAAAUAAAACAGAAGUAACAAAUGAACUAAAUACUUCUAAACAACAAGCUGCUGAAGCUGUUCUCAACUCUGUCCUAUCGAUGCGUUUAAUGAAAGAUGAAAAGAAUCAUUCAUUGUUAGAUUAUGUAACAGAUUGGCAUCAUGGUUCUAGAACACUUUCAAUGUUACCUGUCAAUGAACAUUUGUUAGUUUAUCUACAAAAUUAUGAUUCCAACCAAGUGAUUUAUGCUUUCUCUCGUCUUCGAACAAUUCUAUCUAUAGCUCCUACUUUAUUUGUUCGUUCACUUGCAUCAUGUACAAUCAAUUCAAUGUUUAGUUUUAAUUUAUAUGGUUUAAAAUUUAUUGAACUUUUAUCAAGACAUCGUCGUUCUAUGGCUGGUUGUAAUUUUUUUUCUACUGUCAAUUCAGAAGAAUUAAGUCAAUCACAACAAAAUUAUACAAAUUUAUUGGAAUUAAUUAUUGAUUUAUGUUUACAAUAUAUGUGUAGUUAUUUACCUUUUAUUACAAUGAAAACAAUAUCAACUAUCAAUACUACUAUUGAUGAUGAUGAUGAGGAUGAGGAGGAGGAGGAUGAUCGCAAUUGUACUAAUUCAUCUAUGAAUAACAUGAAUAAAUGUUCCAUUAAAUUUGGUCAUCGUUUCGGUUAUUCUAAAAGUGAAUUUCGUGCUAAUCAAUAUGUACAGAAUACAGCUGCAGAGAUUUUAACAUUGAUUGUUGAACAAUUAGUAUUGAUACAAGAUGAAUGUUUUAAUCCGUCACUGAUGAACUCAGCUUUAAAGUCCAAUUCCAGUUUAUCCAAUGUUAAGAAUUCCUCUCCUGUUACACGUAUACCAGAAUUAUCCUCAGUAUAUUCAACUGGGUCUACAAAUUCAAACGUUGUUCCUCCCAAUACAAUUACAUUUUCAUCUAUGAUUCAACAAGCUAAUGGACGUCGUCUUGUACAAAAUACCUUACAUCAUACUUGUAUACCAUCUGUUGUUUUACAUUGUUUAGCCUCUUGUAUUACAAAAGUACAUUGGCCUAAAACGGAUAAAAACUGGUCGGAUUAUUCAACAUCAAAUGGAAUCAGAAAACUUCCAACAUGUUUACAAUUAAUACUUGUCAAUGAUCAAUUAUCAAAUUUGUCGAAUUCAUUUCAAACUACACAAUUACAAACCUUAUUAAAACUAUUCAAUGUUAUUCUUCAUUUAAAACCAUGGUAUGGUUAUUCUGAUCGUAUGUCUUUAAUGAAAUAUCAUUAUGUAUUACAACAAAAUUGUCAAACAUCAACAGAAUUAUGUAAUACUACUAAUACUACUACUAAUAAUAAUAGUAGUUUAUUAUGGCCAGUAUGUCCAAAUAUAUUACUAUUAGAUAAUGAAUUAACAAGUUAUGAUUUAUUAACUCAUUAUAUCACUGAUAUUUGGUCAAUCGCUUGUAAUCAAUUACCAAAUACAUUAAAUCAUCAAUCAUUAUUUCAUAUCAAUUGUAUAACAACAUUAUGUUGGUCAUCUAAUUCGAUUAAAACUUCUUCAUGUAUUGAAAAAGAUCAAUUGAAUUUAUUCAUUGAAUUAUUAUCGAUUGGAUUAUCAUCACCAUUAUCAUCAUCAUCAUCAUUAUCGAAUGAUAAUAAUACACCUAAUUAUUCAAGUUUUUUCUUAGCUCGUUUAGAUUUACAUCCAUUAUGGUAUUGUUUUAUAUUUAAAAGUUUAUCUUAUUGGGGUUGGUUUAUUGGAUCAUUAAUACGUGUUACUAUUAAACAAAUAUGUUCAAGUUUAAAUAAACUAUGUGAUCGUGUUUGUCAGAAUAUACAAACACGUUGUAAUAAUAAUAUUAGAAGAUCACGAUUAUCAAAUACAAAUGAAUGGGAGCUUUUACCACCAGACUAUACAUUAACUGUAUUAGCUUUAAUUCAAGGUAUUUGUCAUGCGUUCCUUCUGUCAGUUGGCAAUGCCUCUUUACCGCUUAUGUCAUCUCGAAAAGUGAAUUCAUUGCAACAAACUAGUGCAUCAUUACGUGGUGGUAAUCAACCAACUGUUAGUCAAUUAACUGGUCUCCCAGAUUCAAUAGAAGGUGCUUUGGAAAUUGCUGAAAUUCUUUAUCAUCACAAAUUGAAUCCACCAAAUCCAAGUGGACCUAUACCAGAAGUUAAUAAUACUGUACCAGCGUUUGAUCCUUUGUUCCCAUCGCCUCUAACAGAGAAUGUUGACCAUUGUUCAAAUACGAAUAAUCCAUCUGUGGACAAUGUUUCAAAUUUGGAACCAUCUGUCAUUUUAACUUCUGGAAUAGGAGAUGAUAAGCUGGAGACGACAGAAAUGUCAGUUCAUUCUCCAAGUUCUACUGUAAUAUUUUUGAAUCGUGCAAAAAAUUCUAAAAAUGUCAAUAUUAAAGAUGAUGUAUUAAAUCCUGAAUUGCAUCCUUUUGUUCAAGCUCAAUUGGAGGUAUUACGUUUAAUGCCUGAUAUUAUUUCAAGUAUAGCAUUCCUUUGGAAUACUGUUAAUCAAUCACCAUUUUGUCAAUUACAUAAAGGAAACUUCUACAAAUCUACUUGUACAAUGACUAGUCGUUAUCCAGAUAAAGAACAUUGGUCGUUGUUAAACUCACCUAUUCCUUCUGAAAGUUUAUCUUCAUUAAUUAGCCUUGGUUCAGCUACUCUUGUUCGUGGCGCUAUUCGUCGACUAUUAAAGCCUAUCGCAACACAACAUCCAGAUCUCUUAUUGGUAACAACCGCUGUAGCUUGGCCAAAUACAACUUUUGAUAUUGAAACUGGUGGUCUACUUGCUGGAUUCGAUUCACUAAUAAACUAUGGCCCAUUGGAUAUGCUUAUACCUAUAAGAACAAAAAGAGAUAAUGGUACUUCAGAAAUUUACUCCAUUCCAUUACAUCAUAAACAAUAUAGUUUAUUAGAUUUAAUUAGUGGUCAAACUUAUGAUGAUAAACAUUAUGGUUCUAUAUUAUCAUCUACAAUAUUAAUUAAUCAUUUACGUGAUAUUCUACGUCGUCCAUUGAAUAAUUCAUUUUUAUUACCAAUUAUUAAUACUAUUCAAUUACAAUAUAAUUUCACUUCAUUAUCAUCAUCAUUAAUGAAUUCAUAUUCACCAUUACAAGAAAUGAAUACAUCAUUAAUAACAAAUGGAUAUAAAUCAAAUACAAAUACUGGAGUAAAUUUAAUACGUUUACAAACGAAUUUAUUACAUUUAUUUUAUGCAUGGCUUAUUAUGAAACCAGAUUUUAUAUCAUCUGAUUUAUUAUUAAUAUUAAUACGUGAUUUAAUUAAUUUACCAACAAUAAUUAAUUAUAAUAAUAUAAAUUUAAUGAAUAUAACAACAACAACAACAUCAACAACAACAACCAGUACGACUAAUACUACUAAUACUAAUAGUAGUAGUAGUACUACAUUGGGUCUUUCACCAGCAGGAAUAUUCAUUCUUAUCAAAAUCUUCAGCAAACUUUUAGAAACAGCUAAUUUUAGCGAUGAUAAACGAGAACAAAAAGAGUUACAGGAAUUAUGUCAUCGAUUACUUGAAACGACAGCUUCUAUUGCUGCAUCUGCCUUGCAUCAACCAUCAUGGUUUCGUAAAACUUUACAAGUUCGUCAACUCGAUGGUGAUUUGACCAAUUCAUUUACAUAUUCCCAACCUUUAAAUUCGAUCGAUCUAACUGAUCGUACAUCGCUUUCAGGAUCAGAUGUUUUUGAAUCGAUUAAUAAAUCUGAUCGACUAGGAAAUGGAUCAUCAGAUUUAGCAAAUUCACAUUCUAUUGGACAACUUAACAAUGCAAGUGAUGUAUUGAAUGAUGUAGAGCAAUCUACUAUAAAAGAUUUAUAUGAUAAAUCAAUGUCAAUACCAUUGCCUUCAUCAUGUUAUUCAAAAUCACGGCAUUCAUCCGUGAAUUUGUUGUCAAAUGAAUUAACACGUAUCCGUAUGCGUAGCGAUGUGACAAUACAAGCUAUUGAGUUGUUAACAGAGAAUAUGGCUAUAUUUUUGGAUUUAGUGUAUAAAAGUGAUGAAAAAGAUCGUGUAACAACAUUUUUAAACAAUAUUUUGUGCAAUAUUUUUCCUUAUCUUCGUGUUCGAACAUUAAGUAAUUCAGAUCAUUUUACUGUAGCCAGUAAAUUAAUUGCAUCGAUUAGUAGUUAUCAAUAUACACGUAAAUCAUGGCGUCGUGAUGUUUUGGAUUUAUUUUAUGAAUCAGUAUUUUUUCAAAUGAGUCCAAUUGCUUUACAAAGUUGGAAUUUAAUCAUUGAUAAUUUAAUGACACAAGAUAAAAGUACAUUUAAAGAAGCAUUAGCUCGUCUUGUAUUCGCUCAACCGGGUGGUUUAAAUUUAUUUACUAGUAAAGAGAGUGAAUAUGAUCUACGUGCUGCCUGUUUGAAAAAAUUAUCUUAUCUAGUCUAUGCAAGUGAACCGGAUCAAUAUGCGAAAGCAAUGCCUGAUUUAUUAGAACGUCUUGCUGAAUGUCUACGUUUAGGUCAAGGUAUAAUUCCAGUGGUUCAUACUCAAGUGUUUUUAUUUGCUCGUGUCUUAAUAUCUCGUAUGUCAGCUAUACAAUUGAAUUCUUUAUGGCCUAUAGUUGUACCAGAAUUGUUCCUCACAUUCAAAUCUCUGUCUCAAGCAAUUCAAGAAUGCGUUUCUAAAAUUCAAUCAAGGAAAGCCAAACCUGAUGCCUCCACGUCGUCGUCAUCAUCAUCAUCAUUUCUGUCUACUUCACAAAUGAAUUUGUAUAUUAGUGCAUGUAAAUUGUUAGCUACAAGUUUAUUAUAUCCAGAAUAUAGACUGCCACAAUUUUCCUAUUAUCAAUGGGCAUUUGUCAAAGAUAUAACUUUUGAUAAUUUAACUAACCAAGAGGAAAUGACAAAUGUCGCCACAGUGAAUAACAAUCGAAGAAUAUCGUUUCUUCCGUUCAUUUCCGAUGUUCUAACACAAAUUGAAAAAUUACAAGAAAUUGACAUAUCGAAUGGUAUUGAUAUAACAUCUAUGGAAAAUUCAUCUACUUUAUAUCAAAGUUGUUUCAGUAUUUUGGCUUUAGAUAAACUUGUCAAUAUUUAUACAUUGAAACCAUUCUUUGAAAGUUUACAUAACAGUUCAAAUGUUGAUUCAUUACGAAAUUCAUUCAAUGAUAUCCCAGUACUUGAUGGCUUCCUUCUUGAACUAGCUAUAGAAGCAUCUUUAGCUCAAGACUUUCCUGAAACGAUUGCAUCUAGAUAAUAAUAAUAAUAAUAAUAAUAAUAAUAAUAUCCAUUUACAUCUUGAUUAUUAUGAUGAUCAUACUUAUUACACAGAUUUACACUACCUCUUAUCUAACCAAUGAAAAUUUAAGAAACAACUUUGAAUAUUUAUGUUACUUGGUCUAUUGAAAUCACAUAAUCGAACUUGUGCACCUAUUGUCUUUCUAACCUUCUCACUUUCUUUAUGGUUUCUCUCUUCGUUUUGUACACAAACAUUUAGGAAAUUUUAUUAUACAAUGUGUUGUUGUUUUUGUUUGUUUGCCCUGUUGAUUCAUCUAAACACAUUACGUAAUUGAAACCCAUCAUUAAGGCUGUGGCUUUCUCUAUUUCUCAUCUUAGUUGUCGAUUUUCUUUUCUCCAUCCUACUACUAUUACUAGUACCAAUACUACUACUAAUACUACUGCUACUACUACAACCACUCAUACUACUACUUUAUAAUAAAUUACCUAUAUAUAUGCUUGUAAGAUUGUUUCGUCCUUUUUAUAUCAUCACUUACUACAUGAUGAACAUUUGCUCUACUAUCAAUACAAUUGUAAUUGCUAUUGUAUUGCAACAUCAACUGGUUUGCUUCAUGUAACAGAAAGACACCAAUUUCCAAAGAAUACGAUAGAUACAAAGAUAUCAUCAUUCCUAAAUCAUCAAACAAAUGUGAUACAUAAAAGAUCCUAAUUCUUUCCAUUCAACAUUAUUGUUUCAUUUCAAUGUUUAUGUAUUUGUUUUUAUGUGAAUAUAUUAUUAAAGUAUAUGA